UCCCAUUCAUCACAAACCUAAACAACAAACCAGCAGAAAGUUAAACGAUAGCCAUUAGCCAUCACUUCCUCUACAUCUCCCCAAGCUCAGUUUCCCGAAAGGAGCAAAAGGGGGAAUAACAGAAUCCCGAAUCCCGAAUCGCAGUCCGACAUGGACAGGCUCGUAAAGCCGGAUGUGAAGGAGAUAGAGCUCAUUUACAAGAGAGGCCAGAAGUGCACCAAAUCCUUCAGGAUAACCAACCUGAUGCACACCAUGUCAGUGGCAAUCUCGCUUUCGACCACUAAACCUUCUCUGUUCACCUUCAAUCUGCCUCUCUCAAUCAUCCCGCCGCUGUCCACCGCAACCUAUACCAUCAUCUCCCUGCCCUCCGAUCAGCCCGCCAUCCCCUCACCUCCGGAUAUGGUCUCCGUCCAGUCCUCCAUGCUGCCCACCUGGAAAGCCCACGAGAACAACCUCCAGCACCUCUUCGACCGCCCAGGGCCCCACAUAUUCAAGGAUGCAACCAUCCCCAUCUCCUUCGUGGGCUUCGAAGUCAUUGAAUUUCUCAUCCCGAGGGCUGCCCAAUUCCCCGAUAUCGACUAUCAUCUCAACAGGUCCAUCCCCUGGUGCGACCAAGCCCAGCUAACCACUCUCCUGAGAUCAGCCAUAUCCCGCCAAGACAAAAGGACUGUUCUUGCUCUGAUCGACGCGGGAGCAGAUGUUAAUCGCCAAGAAACCGAUGGGAAGUCCCUUCUUUCAAUUGCGAUCGGAGCUGGGAACCUGGAAGUACUGAAGACCCUUGUUUCCUCCGGGACUGUAGCAGAUAAUUCCGUUGACCUGGUCUUGCACGAAGCUGCAGAGCUCAAGAGAGUCGAUUUCAUGGAGGUCCUGUGCAGAGGAUUGGAUGAAGCAGAUAUCAACCGUGUUGACUCGAACGGGAGGAUUCCGAUCCACGUCGCAGCUGCUAACGGGUCCGUCGAGGUGGUUCGAUUCUGCGUAUCGGCCGGUGGUGACCCUAACGUGGUGGACUCUAACGGCUGGACUCCGCUCCACUGCGCCGCCGAGAAUGGCCACCUAGGAGUCGUCGAGUUCCUGCUAGAAUGUCCCGAAUUCGAUGGCAAAACCGUAAUCAACAGCGACGGAAAGACCGCAUUUGGGCUCGCCGUGGAGAACAAUCACAAUCACCUCUACGACUCUCUGCAGCUCGGGGAUCAGCUGCACAGGGCGGCUCGGGUUGGCGAUGUCAACGGAAUAAGGAGCUGCCUUUUGCAGGGGGCUGACGUCAACUCGAGGGACCAGAACGGGUGGACCCCGCUGCACAGGGCGGCGUUCAAGGGCCGGACAGAGUGCGUGCGGGCGCUCCUGAGCGGCGGGGCGGACGUGGACGCGGCGGACGAGGCCGGGUACACGGCGCUGCACUGCGCGGUGGAGACGGGGAGGGUGGAGACGGCGAUGGUGCUGGUGGCGCACGGGGCCAAGGCCAGUGUGAAGAGCCUCAGGAGCUGCUGCUUCCCCCUGAAGAACUUCGACCGUUUAAUGAACCGCCAUGCCUCUUCUCCGGUUGGAGUGCUCGAAGGUGGACCGGAAUGAGCUCUGAGAGUGCGCUCAACCUGUUCGACGAAAUGGCCACCUUGGGGCUUAUGCAAAAAUCUGUACAGGUCCCCAUGUUGCGAUGUAAAACCCUAAAACGGUAUGAUCCAAUUUUCGACCAAGCUACGUACAUUCCGAAAUCAGAUCUCAUGUACAGCGGAAUUUUAGGAUAGCAGUGCGCAUUGUGUUGUAUUGUAUUGUUUCAAUUACCUUGUAGAAGAUUGUAUUCAGCACGAAUGACCAGUGAGAGAACAUAAGUUGUAAAAAUUGAAUUCGAAUAAUGAUUACAAUUCGAGGGUAAGUAUGUUACAGUAAA